CCACUUCACUCGACAUUUCCACCUUCUCCCUCUAAAACCAUUGAUUCAUUCCAUCAAAUCGUGCAAUCCUCUUUCAAUUUGGCACUUCAAAAUUAGUGUGGGAUACUAUAGCGCGUAAUGCGCCAAUAUGGGUUGGUACAUGGCAUUCCACCGCCUUGUGACACUGAACCCCAGCUGCACCUAAUUUCGCGAAGAAAUCAAGCUGGGGCAAACUGGAUGGAGAUCAACGGGCGCCACAUCGCUCGUUGGGAUCAUAGACUUGAGCUGCUGGCACAAGGUGCGCUAAUCGAUGUUGUCGGCGCACCUACUACACCUGACUAUAUGCCGUGGUUCCUCUCCAUCACGCGCCGAUGGAUGACACCACGUGCCCUCUUGGAAGCAGCACAUUACGCACCUGCUGCGCCUGCGAUGACCCAAUUUGCACAAGGUGCGGCAAACGUGAUGCGGUACAGCCAGGAGGAGCCGGUGAGGGAGAUUGCACAUGGCAUGCUCUUCGGCUCGCAGUUCCAGCACUUCAUACCGAAAGUCGCUGCACAGCACUCACCGACUACCUCCCAUACGCACAUGGCAUGCUCUCCUUCUUAUGACUACCAUUUGGAGGAGAUGGAUCAUUCAUAUCCCGUUGAUGCUGCGGGGACCUCACAGGCUGGGCCAUCACAGCCAUCACAGUACCAGUCCCCUCCACUGCCAGAGCGUCACGCGAACGCCUCUUUCUAUCGUAGGAGGCGAAGGAGACCAACCCAGUUGGAUAGGGUAGAUGAGGGUUCAUGAGCGUUAACGAUUACCU